UGGGGGGGCUGUCUUGUCCUCCCCCUAAUUUUGUGGCCUCUCCGGCCACUGAUGGAGCCACAUGGAGGAAUCCCUGAUGGGGACAGGCGUCGCGGGGCUCUGCGGGGGCAAAGGCAGGAGCAUCCGGGACAGCCCUGUGGCAGGGGGGUCCCCGUGCAGGGAACCCAGCGGAGCACGGGGGUGUCUCUGCCUGCGCUGGGGUGGCAGUGGGAAGCCCCCAUCUAUAGAUACGGGCCUCACAGCCGGGGCCCCACGGCCCGCCCGCGCUGAGUGCUGGCUUCCCCCCUCUUGUUUCCGCUUGGUGACACGCAGCCCUGGCAGCGCUUGCUCUAACCUGUACCCUUCCUGCAGGGAUGGUGCCGGGACCCUCGAGGGGUGCAUCCCUGCCACCCCCCGCCAUGCCGGCAGCUGCCCUCUGCCUGCUCUGCGGUGUGGUGAUACCGGCCGCCGUGCUCUGUGCCGAGCCCCUGCCCCGCGUCGCCUUCCCCAGCGCCAGGCCAACGUCUCCCACUACGACAUCUUCCUCCUGCACGAGAGCGAGGAGGAACUAUACGUGGGGGCGCGCGACCGGGUGCUGGCCCUCACCGUCGGCACCCCGGGCAGCAUCCGUGCCAAAGCCUCGAUAACGUGGGGACCCACGGCCGAGAAAACCUUCGAGUGUGCUUUUAAGAAGAAGAGCCAGGAGACCGAGUGCUUCAAUUUCAUUCGGGUUCUUGCGGCCCUGAACAAGACUCACCUCUACGUCUGCGGGACCUACGCCUUCAGCCCCGCGUGCACCUAUAUCCACCUGGAGAACUUCACACUGAUGUCCAGCGGCAGAGGGCAACCUUUCCUGGAUGGGAAGGGCCAGUGCCCCUUCGACCCCCAGCACACCUACACGGCCCUGCUGGUGGAUGGCGAGCUCUACGCUGGCACCAUGAACAAUUUCCAGGGCAACGAGCCCAUCAUCUCCCGCUCGCUGGGCAGCCGGACCCUGCUCAAGACAGACACCUUCCUCCGCUGGCUUUCGGCCGACACGGCCUUCGUGGCCUCCUUCAGCGUCCCCGAAGAUGACAAGGUCUACUUCUUCUUUGAGGAGACGGCCGAUGAGUUUGAUUUCUUCGAGCGGCUCCUGGUGCCGCGAGUCGCCCGCGUCUGCAAGAGCGACGUCGGGGGGGACAAGGUGCUGCAGAAGAAGUGGACGACGUUCCUGAAGGCCCAGCUGGUGUGCUCGCAACCCGGCCGAUUCCCCUUCAACGUCAUCCACCACGCCUUUGCCCUGCCCCACCGUGACAGGGGUGCUGACAUCUACGCCGUCUUCACCUCGCAGUGGCAGGCGGGCAGGACAGGCAGCGCAGCCGUCUGUGUCUACAGACUGGAGGCUCUGGAGGAAGUCUUCAAGGGCAAGUACAAGGAGCUGAACAAGGAGAGCUCCCGCUGGACGGUCUACGGCGGUCCUGACAUGAAUCCCCGGCCCGGCAGCUGCUACAUGGGUCCCUCCUCUGACAAAGCCCUCACCUUCAUGAAGGACCACUUCCUAAUGGAUGGGAAGGUGUCGCCCACCCAGGGGCGGCCGCUGCUGGUGAAGACGAACGUCACGUACACGCGCAUCGCAGUGCACGAGACUCGCGGCGUCUCGGGGACCACCUACCGCGUCAUGUUCCUGGCCACGGCGGAGGGUUUCCUGCACAAAGCGGUGGAGCUGCCCGGGGGUCCCCACAUCGUGGAGAGCGUCCAGCUCUUCAGCACACCGGAGCCCGUGAAGAACCUCCUGCUCUCGCGGGGGAAGGGCAUCCUCUACGUGGGCUACUCCAGUGGCAUCCUCCAAGUCCCGGUGGCCAACUGCAGCGUGCACCGGAGCUGCGCCGAGUGCGUGCUGGCGCGGGACCCGUACUGCGCCUGGCACAGCCUCGAGGGCUCCUGCCAGCGCGUCCACGCCGCCGCGGACAUGAGUGCGUGGCUGCAGGACGUUGAGGCGGGGAGUCCGGCCACCAUGUGCCACCGCGGAAGGAGCGUGGCCGGGCCCCGGGCCCGGGAAGCACAGGAGGAUCCCGCUGCAGAGAGGCUCAGCCCCCCGCUCAACGCCGUGGUCCGCCUGCCGUGCCCCCGCCAUUCCGCCCUGGCCACCUACAGCUGGCAGCAGCCCCGCGCCUGGGGGGACCGGGGGGACACGGCGCUGCUCCCCGACCACACGCUGGUGGUCAUCAUGCAACGGGGGACCGCUGGCACCUACAAGUGCCAGGCCACCGAGAACGGCUACACCUGGACCGUGGCUCAUUACCAGCUACGGGACCCCGCCGGGGCGGCCCCCCAAACAGACGGGUUGGCUGAGGAGGGCUUGGCCUGGGGGUCUCAAGUCCCCGGCACCCCCCGGUCUUAUUGGCCCCAGUUUGUCACCGUCACUGUGCUGCUGGCCGUGACGCUGGCCGCCGCCGCCUGCCUGGCCCUCCUCGCCUACCACGACCAGCUCAAAGCCAGGAGCAAAGUGCGGGGGUGCAGCGCACCCCACAGCCCCCCAUCCCAGCGUCGGGAGAAGGUACCCCUCAACGGGGGGACUGGAGAGCCCCCGGCGCCCGGGGUCCCCACCAAGGAGGAGGAAGAGGAGGAGGAGGAGGAGGAGGAAAGUUCCCCACGCCACCUCGAUGCUGAUAACAACAGGCUCCGCGUCCCGGCGGGGGACAAAGCGUGACG